GAACCAUAAAAUUUCCGCUCAUUUUCGCAACCAAAAUGUGCAAAGCGAUAAUACUGUGUUUUGUGUUUAUAACUGGUGCGGCGACAUCCUCCGUCGACAACAUGGAGUGGUGGGAGUACUGGAAGCUCUGCGGGCUGGCUGCCGAGCUGGUGGUGGAAGCCAAGAACAGGAUCCACCAGACUGACAAUAUAAAAGACAUGCUGGCUGGGGAGACUGGGUUCGAAGUCGGUAUGAUCAUGGGUAAAAUCCGCGACAAGUACCGAACCAUGAUGGAGCUGUACCGCAUGACCAACAACAAGUUCGUGCACAACCCCGACAUCACCCUGCCCGCUAUGACCACCAUCAAACCCCUGUAUUACAUCGUCAGGAUGGAGAUGAUCCACGCUCUGGAGGUAGAGAUAGACAGCUUGGUGCGCGUGCUGGAGGCCCUGCCCACGCGCCUCCUGGAGCCCUCCACCAAUUACUUGAAGAACAUCAACCAGGAGCAGCUGAAGUGGGCGAAAGAGAUGGAGAAAUAUAACCCAACGAAUAUGGAAGUAGAUAUCUCGAAAAUGGAAGAACAGAUGAAAGAAUAUAACAAGGACAAAUACCUAAGGACACAUCAGCAACAGAGUCAAAUUGACUUUUUUUGAAGGAGAUAUAAAGAUGUCCCGGACAGCUGACUCCCGACUCCCGAGCAUGUAAUAAAAU